AUGUCGUUUAGUCAGUUUCACAAUCCAAGUACGCUGGCGGGGGAUCCCUGGGAUUCAGGACUUCGCGACACAGAUGGAUCAAUUCUGUAUGAGGCUGAUUGGAAAGUUCUCCGCGACGAGAUAAUCCGCCGUAAUGAUGUUGAAACACUGAAACGAUACAUUGAGAAGUAUCCGGAAACCGGGCUGGAACCAGAACUGGUGUACUAUUACCAUGAGGUGUUUUUUGUGGCUACACGGCAUGGAUGUGUUGACGCUCUUCGUGUACUGCUAGCUUACUACCUUACCAAUUUGGAUAAGGCAGUGCCACUUGAGGAAAGAGAUAUAGUCUUGCUAAGCACCGCCUGCAGGUACGCGCAGCUGGAAACAGUACACUUUCUACUGGACAGCCAGCCCCCGCUGGGAAACAUUCGCGACAAAUCUUCCGAGGGUGAAACGGCCCUCCUAAGCGCGGCAAAUGACCAGAUUGAAGAACACCUGGCCCGAAGCGAACAAUUGAUGUAUAUGCUUCUCGACAGGGAUGCUUCAGUCCACGAUGUCACUAUGGUCCGGAACGAAUAUAACACUAGUCUCCCUCCGCAACCGCGCAACACUGUUCUCAGCCUGGCCAUUUCUAGAGCUAGCUACAAGCUAGUGAAACGUCUCAUUGAACAAGGAGCCAAUGUUCAUGCGAAACAGGAGCAUGUGGACGCUAGAUUUGGGUUUAAAACUGAUCUCCGGGAUGUCACCGCACUUCACUAUGGAAGCAUCUACUGGAAUAUAGAGGGGGUCCGGGCGUUGCUGGAUCAUCCGGGUAAUGCCAAAAUUGCAGACAUGGUAUCGGUUCGUGAUACUAUAGGCGAUGAUACGCGGGAACAAGAGAGAUAUUUCAGAGAAGACGAAAUCCUCCCUAGGUAUAUUGAUAUCCUCAAAAUAUUAUUGACUGCCAAUCCGAGCACUAUCAAUAUGCAGGAUAACGAAGGGUCCAUAGCCUUGCACUAUGUGGAUAUUAUCCAAUUCCUAUGUGAGAAUGGUGCCGGUGCGAGUAUAUCAAACUAUGAAGGGAAAACAAUGUUACAUUUAUUAGCUCUAUGCUCUCGAGACUGUGAUCCUAUUGAUACAGCUACCGAUAAAUCCGGUGCCACGGCUCUCCACGCGAUGUCAAUGUGUUUACGACAGAUUCCGAUACUAAAGUAUCUUCUUAAACUCGGGGCGGACGCAACGAUUCAAGACUCAGAAGGAAAUACGCCUCUUCAUAAACUUAUGACACGGCCGUACUUAAGGACGAAGAAUGUGACACUGACUCAAAGGAUAGCAGCGCUGGACAAGAUCAUGGUAGCCCUACAGGAAGCUGGCAAGGUUAAUAUGAUGAACCAGCCAAACGCUGCAGGGCAAACAUCUCAACAACUACGUGCGAAAAUAGUGGCCAUGUUGCAGAAAGCGGACGAGCAUAGAAUUGAACAAAACGCUAGAGGGGGUCAAGGUUAUGGCCACUGA